GAGCCGCGCCAGCCAGCCAGCCACUCCCGACUCUCCCUCCUCCCUCUUUCAACCCUCCGAAGUUGCUCCAGACAUAUCACACUAUAGAAGAUGAAGCCCGUCGUCUCCGCCCUUAACGCAUGGUCCUGCGUGGUCAUCUCCGUCUUCGCCAUCGUUAUCCUCUCCGUCCUGGGUUCGCUAUACAAGAGCGAACACCCCGGUUUCACUGGUUCCGAAGGCGAACCUGAAGAUGGCGCCGCGGUCGCAGCUUCGAUUUUCACCGCCGUGUUGGUUUAUAUUGCUUUCUUCGUGUUCUGCGCUUUCCAGGCUUACUUGCACAUGAGGGCCCGGAGGGGCGGGGCUAUAUCGUUGAGUUAAAUGAUGUUCAACAUUGCUUUGCGAUUUUGAGGUGGCUUGCGUCGCUAAAUCUUGCUGGAAAAGGAGAGAGAGGAGUAUCGAUGCAGAUGCGGAUGGAUCAUCGAGAGAUGUACCAUAUAUUCUAUCCCGGGAAGGGGGCAUACUUUCCCUGGAUGUCAGAGAAAGAGAAAGAAACGAAAGG